UUUUUAUUUUUAUUUUUUAUUAAUUAUUUAUAAAUUAGUUUGUGUGAGUUGUAAAAUAUUCAUUAUUUAGUUAGUUUCUAAAGUAUAUAUGCAUGGUUCCUUGUUCAAGCUAAUUUGAAUACGUUGAUAUUUUUCGGUUCAAACGACAUAUCUUAUAAUAUGGUAAAAAUUCAUGAGGUUGAACAAAUUUGUGAAAAUGUUGUGAUGUCUAUAAGAGAUAGACUGGAACAACGACCUCCUGUUAAUAGAGAACCUAGCAUCUAUCGAGUUCCCAAACUGCUACGCGAGAUGAAUAAUAAAGCCUAUAUCCCUCAAGUCAUUUCCAUCGGUCCAUUUUACCAUCGAAGUCCAGAUUUGAUAACCACAGAACAGUAUAAAGUUCAAGGUCUUAGUAACUUUCUAAUUCGUCUGAGUAAUAAGAUGGAAUGCUUGAAUAACCCGGGAAACCCAUUGGAGGUCCUUGUGAGAAAUACUCAAAGUUAUGUGGAUGAAUAUCGAAAUUGCUAUGGUGAACCCAUAAACAUGAAUGACAAAGAUUUUAUUGAAAUGAUGAUUGUGGAUGGUGGUUUUAUAGUGGAGUUUUUGAUACUACAUUAUGGCCAAUACAAACAAGAUGUCUUCCCUACCAUUUCAAGCAAUGUAGAUUAUUCAUUCUACAAAAGAAUCCCUGAUAUAGAUCUUGAUUUGAUUAAGUUAGAAAAUCAAAUCCCUUUCUCGGUUCUUGAACAUAUGUUUGAACUUAUACUAGAAGAUGAUACCCCCAUCUCCGUUAUAGAGCUUGCAAACGUGUUUUUGCAACAUGGAUUGGUACAUCCAUAUGAACUUUCUACUCCCUUGCCGAGAACACCGAAGCACUUCGUCGAUUUCUUAAGCUUGUACUUUGUCGUUUCCACGGGGUCUUCUGUGGUCAACAUUGAUGAAACUGAUUUUACUAUUCCUCCAUCAAUAACUAAGCUCUGCCAGGCUGGUGUCACCAUCAAGAAAGCAGAAGAUGUCAAAUUUGUGAUGGACAUAAGUUUUGAAAAUGGGAUUUUCAAAAUUCCACCUUUGCAUAUUGAUGAUAACUUUGAAACCAUGAUUCGAAACUUGAUAGCAUUUGAGCAAAUUUCCUUAGCAAAGGAGAGCAAGUGUAUCCAAUAUAUCACAUUCAUGGAUUAUUUGAUAAGCACAGAGGAAGACGUGAAUUUACUUGAGAAUGCCGGAAUUAUAAUCAACGAUAUUGGAGGCAGUGCUAAAGAAGUUUCAAAACUGUUUAACGAUCUCUGUAAAUUUGUCACAGUCCCAGAUGAUACCCACUUCAAUUAUAUCAGUGCUGCCUUACUUGAACGUUGCAAUAGACGUUGGAACAGCACAAAAGCUACACUCAAACGUGACUAUUUUUAUACACCAUGGGCUUCUGUGGCUGCCUUUGGUGCUAUCUCGGUUAUUAUUCUGGCCAUCCUUCAAACUAUAUUUUCUGGCAUAUCUACAUUUCAGAAAUAGUCAAUUCUAUCCACAUAUAUAUAUAUAUAUAUAUAUUUUUUUUUUGUUUUUGCUCGGUUGCUCCUUUACCUUAUAAAUGUUAUCCUUGUAUUUACCAAUGUUCU